CUGCAUUCAGCUGAUUCUUCGCCGAUCAGGAACAAUGACUGCCAUGGUUGCAAAGCGAGAACAGUUUAACAGUUAUAGUGGGGACGAUAGGGAGAGAGGCCGGCGACCUCUGAAUUCCUGGCGUAUGACAAAGAAAAGGAAUUCAAAGGUUGUCCGAGAUGAAGAUGGUAGAUAUGUAUCAGAAAAGGAACGGAAGGAAAAAUUUCGGCCAUUUUUUAGCACAAUAAGAACUUCAUCUGAGAAAAGAAAGGUAACUAGAGAGAUUGAGUUCUUGGAGGAUGAAAGGAUACCAAAGAAGUAUUGCAGUGGCAUAAACAGGGGAACUACUUAUACAGAGGAAAAUGUACUAGAUGAAUGGGAUGAAGCAGAAAUUGUUUUUAAGAGAAUUAGAUCCAAAAGGAGAAAUGAAGAUGGUGCAGUGACCAAAAGAAGCUCAAUAAAUGUAAAAGAGAAAGAUUGUGAUAUCACUUGUACUUCCUGUUCAUCUCCAUCGUCUUCAUCAUCUUCCAAACUUUCUGUCUCGUUAUUGAAAACUUAUGGUAAUAUCUGUGAGAAACGAAAAAGGAGACUUAUAAAGAAAUCUUCCUUAAAUCAAGACAAGAGAGAAGACAUCAGGUGUCAUCAGUGCAUGAAAGAGAAGAAAAUUGUUGUUCCAUGCAAGGAAUGUAAGGAAAGAGUGUAUUGCAUCCAGUGUAUCAAACAGUGGUAUCCCAAUAUAUCAGAAGAAGAAAUUGCAAAGCGGUGCCCAUUCUGUUGGAAGAAUUGCAACUGCAGCUUUUGUUUGCACUCAAGUGGAUUGAUUAAGGCACUGGGCGCCCUCUGCCUGGUGCCUAGAAAAAAAGUUGAGGGUGGGAUUGCCUUGCUGCCCAAGUCAAGGCGGGUGGCAUGGGCUGCCAAGUGCAUAUGUGCUGCCCAGCCAUGCCUAGGUGGUGCCUUUUGCAACACUGUCACCAAAUACCUUUUGGGUUUGAAGACAACAAAGAUGGAUGUCACCAAUCAUGAAAAGGUUCAACAUCUCCAGUACUUGAUUGAGUCUUUGCUUCCCUUCUUGAAACAAAUUCAUGAAAGACAGGCUCAAGAGAUAAAGAUUGAGGCCGACAUUCAAGGGUUAUUGUCAGCUGAGGUUGAAAUACCAGAGACUCUUUGUUACAAUAAUGAGCGUGUCUAUUGCAACCACUGUGCAACUUCAAUUGUUGACCUUCAUCGAAGCUGCCCAAAAUGUUGUUAUGAACUCUGUCUUAGUUGUUGUCAAGAAAUUCGUGAGGGAAGCCUCUUCAGCCGUGCUGCAGUCAGCUUUCAGUGUAUAAACAGAGGUUACAAUUAUGUUCAUGGCGGAGACCCUUCAAUAGAUUCUUUUCUGUCUGAAACAGCUAAGGACUAUGUUGCAUCAUUGGUUCAAUGGAAUGCGAAUGAGGAUGGAAGAAUUACUUGUGCUCCAAAAGAAAUAGGUGGUUGUGGUGAAUGCACACUGGAGCUCAAGCGUAUACUUCCUAUUGGAUGGAUUUCAAACUUGGAGACUAAGACACAGGAUUUGUUGAGGAUUUCUCAAACCACACAAAAUUUUUUAAAGCAUAAAUCUUCUAAAUCAGGUGCAGAGAUGUCCUGGACAGCAGCAUUUAGAGAAGGGUCUGAUGACAACUACUUAUAUUGUCCAACUGCACAUGACAUUCAAGGGGAAGAAGAGCUUCUCCACUUUCAAAUGCACUGGGCUAAAGGUGAACCAAUAAUUGUUAGGAAUUCUCUUGAAAAUGCAACUGGUUUAAGCUGGGAACCAAUGGUUAUGUGGCGUGCAUUGUGUGAGAAUGUGGAUUCAAAAAUCAGUUCUAAGAUGUCAGAUGUCAAGGCAAUAGAUUGCUUAGCGAAUUGUGAGGUGGAGAUUAAUACUUACCAGUUUUUCAAAGGUUAUAUGGAAGGGAGAAGAUAUGGUAACUUCUGGCCUGAGAUGCUCAAGCUUAAGGACUGGCCCCCAUCUGAUAAAUUUGAAGACCUUUUACCACGCCACUGUGAUGAGUUUAUCAGUGCACUGCCAUUUCAGGAAUACACUGAUCCUAGGUCUGGUAUCCUUAACCUUGCUGCGAAGCUGCCACCUGGUGUCUUGAAACCGGACUUGGGACCAAAAACAUACAUUGCUUACGGUCUUGCACAAGAGCUUGGAAGAGGGGACUCUGUGACCAAGCUUCAUUGUGAUAUGUCAGAUGCAGUGAACAUUUUGAUGCAUACUGCUGAUGUAAUGUUAAGUGAAGAGCAGCUUUCUGCAAUUGAAAGAUUGAAGAGUAAACACAAGGCACAGGAUGAAAAAGAAUGUUUAGAGCGAGAUGGUGUAGAAAAAUGUUCUAUUAAAUUGCUUGAUGAAGGGAGCAUGGAUUGGCAAGAUGGGGUGAAUCUCUCAAGAAUGACUGAUCAAAACCCGCAGCCUUCUGACACUAUUGAAGGGCUUAAGAUUAACAGAGAUGAGCAGGACACAAGAUUUCCCUGUCACCCCAUAGAGGAAAAGGAGGAAACAGCAGGGGCUGCUUUGUGGGACAUUUUUAGGAGGGAAGAUGUGCCUAAGCUGGAGGCAUAUCUUAGGAAGCACUCCAAAGAAUUCAGACAUACUUACUGUUCCCCAGUUGAAAGGGUCAUCCAUCCAAUUCAUGACCAGUCCUUUUAUUUAACUUUGGAGCACAAGAGGAGACUAAAGGAGGAAUAUGGUUAGUAUAAGAGAUCUUGGGAAGUAUUUAAACUUUAGGAAAAAUUGCACCUGCACCCCUUGUGGUUUGGGGUGGGUGCAUUUUGGCCUCUGACUUAUGAAGUGGGGAUAUUAACCCCAUGUAAGAGGUUUCAAGGCAAUAGAAAGUCAAAAAUGCCCUCAUAAUUUUGAUUAAAUGUUAAUUUUGGUCCCUCAACUUUAAAGUUUUGCAUAAUUUUCAUCCAUCAACUUUUUUAUGCACUUUUUUGGUCCCUUAACUAUGAAAAAUGACUUUUUUAGUCAUUCUAUCAAUUAGUUUGUUAAAAUAUGCACAUUUUUAGUCCCUUAACUAGUCCCUCAACUUUAAGUUAUGGGACAAAAAAUGUGCAUGUAUUAGAAGUUGAAGGACUAAAAAUGUACAAAUUCAGAUAAACUUAACGGACUAAUUGACAAAGGGACUAAAUAAGUGCAUUUUUUAGAGUUAAGGAACAAAAAAAGUGCAUAAAAAGUUGAGGGAUAAAAAUUGUGCAAAAUCUUAGAGUCGAGGGAUCAAAAUUGGCAUUUAACUUUUUUGUUUUCCAUUCCCCCUUCUUUCUUAUCAUUUUCCUCCCUACCUUUUUUUCCCUUCUUAUAAUGUAGCGUGUGGUAUGACACCUUGUCCAUAAUGGUGGGAAACCAACUUUUGCCAUAUCAAUUCCACUUUCCCUUGGUAACUCACCUAAACUUGAAUGCCUAUAGAGCUUGUGAAGGCACUUCUUUGAUAGAGCUUGAACAUUGUUUGAAACCCAAUAUCACCCUUUUUGUACACAAGAACGAGGCGCACAAAUGUAAUUUGGGCCUAGAGUUCAAGCAGUUAUUGCUUGAUCUUAGAAAUAGGUGGUCUUGUCAAACUUAUUGCUUUACCUCACACUGUUAAUAAGGAAAGAGUCUCACC